AUGGGACAGAUUGAGACCAAGACGACGACCAUGGAGGAAGAAGACGGGGAGGACAUCAUCAGCCUUCUCCCCGACUGCGUGCUGGGCCACAUCGUGUCCCUCCUCCCGGUGAAGGACGCCGCCUCCACCAUGGCGCUCUCCCGCCGCUGGCGGCACCUCUGGCCGUCGCUGCCGCUCGACCUCGUCGUCUGCGGCCGCUCCCAAGCCCAAGGGCGGCUCAUCUCAGCCGUCCUCUCCUCCCGCUCCCACGGCGCCGUCCCCAUCCGCCGCUUCCACGCCCUCGCGAGGCGGCGCGUCGACGGCAGCCUGGUGAUCCGGUUCGCCGACGGCGGGCCCCGACCGGUGCUCCCACGGGACCUCCUCCAGGCCAGCGCCGGCGCUGCCGCCGCCCUCCGCUGCCUCGACCUCCACCACUGCAUCCUCCACCCCCGCGCCACCGACGACGCGGGCCUGGGGAAGACCUUCUUCCCUUGCCUGGAAACGCUGCGCCUGUCCGGCGUCGUGAUCCCCGAGGCGGCGCUGCACCGCCUGAUCGCCGCCGGCUGCUGCCCGGCGCUGCAGGAGCUGCACCUCGCCUGGAUCUACCAGCUCCGCCGCUUCGCCCCCUGCUCCGCCACGCUCCGGAAGAUCACCAUCCAGCAGAAGUCGGACAUCCCUCCGCUGGAAGAGAUAUCCUUGAAGGGCACCCCUAGUCUCGAAAGCUUAUACCUCUUGCACGCUGAUGUCUGGCGGCUGUAUCCCGCCGUCAUUGACGAAGCUGCCAAGCCACCGCCGUCGGUUGUCCUUCAACUGCCGACGCUCAACUCGAGGUUCUUCAAGGUUAUGCCCAAGAGGUCCAUACCAAUCGUGACAACACUCGUUCUUAACAUCAAGUUCAGUGAUAGCAAUGAGCUGAGGAACGCUGCCCACAUCUUAAGCCUGUUCCCCUCUUUGCAAACUCUUCACAUUUGGUGCUUCAACUUCUUCGUCUCGGAUGAGGAUAAAAAUGCGGCGUCUGGAGGUCAGUGCCAAAUGCCGGCAGCUGGUACCAUUGCCUGCCUCAAUAAGCAUCUGAAAAAUGUGAUAUUGAAAGAGUAUUGUGGGUCUGAAUGGGAGGUGGGAUUUGCAAGGUUCCUUGUGGCUGGAGCAAAAGCUCUCACCACCGUGCAAAUAUCCGUCCAUUCUUCAGCUAACUGGAGUGUCAGCAACCACAAAGAUGUGAUAUGCAGAGGUGGCAAAGCCUCCCCUGAAGCUCAGUUUCAAUUCCAGAAGAGCGAGAACAGCGAAAAAAGUCUGAGAAAAUUUUAUACUUCAGUGCAUAGAGUUCCUAUCGUUUGA